AUGAGCCGAGAAAUCUCCAGGGACGAGGUGUCGCAGAAUAACACCGCCGACAGCCUAUGGUGUAUCAUCGACUCCAAGGUCUACGACUUGACCGACUUUGCCGAUGCCCAUCCCGGGGGCUCGACGGUGCUGGAGCAAGUGGGAGGGCUUGACGCAACAGUCGACUUCUUCAAUCUGCACCGAUUGGAAGUCCUGCAGAAGUAUGAGAAGUCGUUAUGCAUUGGCACGGUCAAGGGCGAGAAGCCCCAGGUCAUAUAUCCAAAGCCCGGGGAUCUCAGUCUGGUGCCUUAUGGAGAGCCUACCUGGUUGACACCACAAUUCAAGAGCCCCUACUUCAAGGAGAGCCAUCGGCGGCUGCAGCGGGCAAUGCGAGUAUGGGUCGAUACGGUUCUAACUCCUGAAGCCCAGGAAAAGGAGACCAGCGGAAAGAGGAUUUCUGACGCAACUAUCGAGGAGAUGGGACGCCUUGGAAUGAAUGCAAUGCGCAUGGGACCCGGGCCUCACCUCAAAGGACUCAACUUGAUGAAUGGCGCUGUGACGCCGGAAGAAUUCGAUUACUUCCACGAGAUGAUCAUCACCCAGGAGCUCUGUCGAACUGGUACUCGGUCCUUCAACGACGGCAACCUGGGCGGCAUGAUCAUCAGCUUACCAGCUGUCCUAUACCAUGCAAAGCCCCAUGUUCGAAAGCGAGUGGCCGAAGAAUGCUUGUCAGGCAAGAAGAAGAUCUGUCUAGCCAUCUCCGAGGCAUUUGCCGGGUCGGAUGUGGCUGGUAUGAAGACCACUGCCGUCAAGAGCCCUGACGGAACGCACUACGUUGUCAAUGGCACCAAAAAAUGGAUUACCAACGGAGUCUUCUGUGAUUAUUUCGUCACAGGCGUCAAGACCGAAAAGGGUUUCUCUGUGCUGCUCAUCGAAAGACAGGAAGGGGUCGAGACCACCCAGAUCAAGACGAGCUAUUCCACAACCGCCGGGACCGCGUUCAUCAAGUUCGACAAUGUGAAAGUGCCCGUCGAGAAUCUUCUCGGCGUGGAGAAUCAAGGAUUCAGGGUGAUAAUGACGAACUUCAACCACGAACGGUGGAUGAUCACGACCUUCAGCGUUCGAUCGAGCCGGAUGAUCGUAGAGGAUUGCAUCAAGUGGGCAAACCAGCGGAGGGUAUUUGGGAAGAGAUUGAUCGAGGAACCAGUGAUCAGACAAAAACUUGCCAGAAUGAUCGCUUACGCCGAAGCCAUCCAAAACUACCUCGAGAACAUCACCUACCAAAUGUGCAACAUGACCCAGGAGGAGCAAAACCGACAUUUGGCUGGCCCCAUCGGGCUCUUCAAGAUGUUUGCCACCCGCGCAGCCCACGAGAUCGCCGACGACGCCGUCAAUAUCUUCGGGGGACGGGGUAUCACAACCACUGGCAUGGGCAGGAAUGUCGAGAUGUUCCAUCGCACGUACAAGUUCGAUGCCAUUCUUGGAGGGACGGAGGAGAUUUUGGCGGAUCUUGGUGUGCGGCAGGCGAUGAAGUACAUGCCCAAGGCAAUGCUGUGA